GCAAGAAAUUCCUCUCUGCUGCACUCAUGGGAAUGGCAUUUGUUUCCUUGUUGACGGUCUGACAUUACUAGAUAAAAUCUCCUUAUUCCUCAUUGUGAACUGAAUGGGUUAACUAGGAUCCGAUGGGACAGGACAGCAAACUCUGCUCUGAGGGCUGCUGGUGGUGUGUGGUUGGGAAGACAUAUGGUGCUCCUAUCCCUCUGACCAUGGUGGGAUCUCUAAAUCAAGAUGGUCAAGGUCCCCCAGAAAUAGAGGAGCCAAAGCAGAGGCCACAAGAGCUGAGAGGAGCACAGAGACCGCUGCCAAUGGCAAAAGUCCAAGAAAGAAGAACACAGCAGGAGGGGAAAACUCCUCCAGGAAAGAGGUGGCCUGAGCUCAGUAAACAGCAGGAAACAACUGGAGACGUCAAAGUACAGUUGCAGCUAAUGAGACUGAAGACAGAGCCGAGACAUCAACAGGACAAAUAUAACAAGAGACAGACCAAGCGUGAUCAGCCAGCAGAAAUCAGACAGCUGGAGAGCGAGAACGUUAGGCAUGGAAAAAGUGGGAUUGUGGAUGACCACAUGUUACAUAUGAAAUUGCAUGAUAUGCAGGACAUAUUAGACCAGAAGCAGAAGGAGUAUCAAGAGAUGUGCAAAAAGCUUCAAGAGAUGCAAUCUCAGACUGAAAAGUUAUGUAGUCUUCAAACCCAGCAGGGGGGGACAGAUUUGGAGAAGCACCGUGACCUCCUAGUGUCAGAAAAUGCACGUCUGAGGCAGGAGCUGCAGCGGCUAAGGAGCCAACUGGACUGUGAAAAUAAGCAGGAGUUGGCUUCUCUGAGGGAGCGUCUACUUCACAUGGAGCAGGAGGGGGGUGACAGAGAGGCACUAAUAUGCACUUUGGAGCGAGAGGUGCAACAGAAAGCAGAAAGGCUUGCUGAGGCCGAUCUCCGAGUGAGGGACUCAGUACGUGAGAGGGUGGAAGAAGAGGAGAGGCUAAAUCGGAGAUUAAGGGAGUUCCAGCUCUCUCAGCAGCCACAGAUAAAGUAUGUGGUGAAGACAGUUGAAGUUGAGUCUGGCAAGAUGAAGGCUGCUCUGAGCAAGGCAGAGGCCAAGUGCCUCCAUCUCCAGGAACAGCUGGAUAGACAGAACCAGACCUUACAAGAUAUGAAGAAGCAACUACAGCGUGAACAACAAGAGACAGCCAAGCUUCGUGCUCAGCUGGCACUGUAUGCGGCAGAGCUUGAUCGUGUCCAGGAACAGAUGGUGCAGGAGUUCCGUUCCCUGCAGGAAGAGAAGGAGCUUGCUGUGUCUGAGGCAUUUGAACGAGCCAAGGAGGAGAUGAGGGCUGUGCAUCAGAGCUUGGAUGGUGUUCGCAGGAAUCUCCUUAUGUUACAGCCAGCACUCCGCACUCUGACCCAAGACUACAAUGUUCUGAAGAGACAAGUGCGAGACUUCCCAGGGCUGCUAUAUGACACCAUGCGAGAUGCCCGAGAUGAGUUCUCUCUAGCCGUGAAAUGUGUACAAGACACCAACUCUGAGCUUCUCUCCAAAUACCGGCGAGAACUUUUUCUUCGUAAAGAGUGUCACAACCAACUGGUGCGUCUCAGAGGUAAUAUUCGUGUACUGUCUCGUGUUCGGCCAAUCACACCUGAGGAUGGUACUGGUCCUGGAGCACAGAAUGUCAUGACCUUUGACCAGGAUGAUGAUGGGAUCCUGCAUGUCACCAACAAAGGAAAAACACAGAGUUUUGAAUUUGACAAAGUUUUUCCUCCCAAAACAACACAGGAGGAGGUGUUUGAUGAAGUAUCUCCGCUCAUCACCUCCUGUCUGGAUGGUUACAAUGUCUGUAUUCUGGCCUAUGGACAGACAGGCUCUGGUAAAACAUACAGCAUGGAGGGUACUCCUGCUAAUCCUGGUAUAAAUCAGAGAGCCCUUCGUCUGCUCCUGUCAGUAGUGAGUGAAAGAUCCAGCAGCUGGGAGCAUCAUCUGAGUGUCAGCAUGGUCGAAAUCUACAAUGAGACACUGAGGGAUCUGCUGGGAUCCGACAACCAGAACUCUCUGGAUAUAAAGAUGGUUCCGGGGGGCACUGGGGAGCUGUAUGUCCCAGGGUUGACACAGCACAGUGUAAGGAACAUGCAGGACUUGAAUAAGAUUUUAGAACUUGGACACAAACAACGAGCUACAGAACACACAAAUCUUAAUGCCUAUAGCUCCCGCUCUCAUGCCCUCCUCAUCCUGACAGCUAAGGGGCGAGAGACUAGUACCGGGAUCUGUACAACAGGAAAGCUCUAUUUGGUAGACCUGGCUGGGUCAGAGCGGGUGUCACGGUCUGGAGCAGCUGGGGAACGUUUGCGGGAGGCUCAGUGUAUCAACCGCUCUCUGUCUGCUCUGGGUGAUGUCUUUUCAGCUAUGCGGUCUCAGCUGGCGCAUGUUCCAUACCGCAACUCCAAGCUCACAUACCUGCUGCAGGAAGCACUGAGCCGUGAUGGGAAGGCUCUUCUGCUCCUACAGGUGUCACCAGUGGAGCAAAAUGUGAAUGAGUCUCUUUGUUCAUUACGGUUCGGGGACAGAGUUCGAUCUGUGGAAUUGGGAGUCCCAAGCAGGAGAAUAGAGCAAUCGCCAGCCGCGAGCACAGAGAGUUCUGAGAGUGACAGCACCUGCACACGUGGCACAAGAACAACAUCUGUGCGUAAGAAGCUGCCAGCCUCAGUGCGGCAGCGGAUUGGCUUCCCUUAACAGCUCCCUGGUCUGAGCAUCUCCUAGAAUUAGAUGGUUACAUUAACCCUUUGCCUGCUGCCUAUGUCUAUUUGUACUAUAAUAUAUUUUUAGAGACCUUUAAAAUUUAUUACAGAGUAUUUUAUAAGAAGUUCCUGCCUCAUGUUUGG